CCUGACCUUUGAACUGAGAAUGCCAAAGCAUUUACUUCCACAUCCUCACCAACAAACUCUGGCAACUAGAAUUGUCCUUGUAGGACAGAGGCUUGCCAGGGGAAGAUCUUCCCAGGGCAUCUGGUGCCCACACAGGAGCCCACACCUCCUGUUUGCAAAGCUUCACCCGCCCUCUGACCUACACCCAAAGAGGGAUGUUCCAAGCAAUAGCCUCAUCUCUGACUUGACCUAGAGUAGGUUGUGGAGGGCCAGCCAGUGACCCAAGGGAGGGCUCAGCCUUGAGAUUGUGUUGUAGACAUAACAAAGGGUGGGGACCCCAGAGGGGAGGGGAGGGGCAAAGCAGGUGAUAUACAUCCCAGAGACCAGAGCCCAGCAUUCCUGGUGCCUCUCCCUAUGCACAUCUGCAUGGAGCGCACCGUGGUGUUCAUCACUGGCUGUUCCUCUGGCAUUGGCCUACACCUGGCCCUGCGUUUGGCGUCAGACCCGUCCCAGAGCUUCAAAGGUACAUGAGAGGAAGGAGAGGGUGGUGUGGAGAGAAGGGAGCAGCUGCUGCCUCCUCCUCUCUCUGAACCUCCAGUGUAUGCCACGCUGAGGGACCUGACAACACAGGGCCCACUGUGGGAGGCUGCCCGGUCCCGAGGGUGCCCCCCGGGCUCCCUGGAGACGUUGCAGCUAGACGUGAGGAACGCAGAUUCCAUAGCCGCUGCCCGGGCACGCGUGGCCGAGGGCCGCGUGGACGUGCUAGUGUGUAAUGCAGGCCGGGGCCUGAUGGGGCCGCUGGAGGUACACAAGGCUGACGCCGUAGACUCUGUGCUGGACGUGAACCUGAAAGGGACCGUGCGGAUGCUGCAGGCCUUCCUGCCAGACAUGAAGCGGCGCCGCUCGGGACGCAUAUUGGUGACCGGGAGCAUGGGAGGGUUGAUGGCGCUUCCCUUCAACGCCGUUUACUGCGCCAGCAAGUUCGCAGUAGAAGGUUUGUGCGAGAGUCUGGCGAUUCUGCUGCAGGCCUUCGGGAUCCACUUGAGCCUCAUCGAGUGCGGCCCGGUGCACACCGCCUUCUCCGAGAAGCUGGAGGGCGGCUUAGGCGGGGUACUGGACCACGCGGACGCCGAGACCCGCGACCUCUUCUCCCGUUACCUGCGUCACUGCGAACAGAUGUUUCUUGAGGCGGCGCAGGACCCGGAGGAAGUGAUCGAGGUCUUCCUCCAGGCGUUGCGCGCCCCGCGCCCGUCCCUGCGCUACUUCACCACCGAGCUUUUCCUGCCUCUGAUACAGCUGCGCUUCUCCGACCCCAGCGGCUGCAGCUACGUCGCCGCCGCGCACCACGCAGUGUUCGGGGACUCGGAUGGCGCGGGGGGCUCGGACGGCGCCGGGGGCUCGGAUGGCGCCGGGGGCUCCGACAACGCCGGGAGCUCCGACUGCGCUGGGGUGGAGGCUGGAGCCGGAAAACGCUGAGCCUGAACUAGGCGCUCCUCUCGCGGCCCCGCAAUAAAGGCUUGGUCCGUCGCA